UUUGGUUCUAAAAUCUUAGACCAUUUUGAAUAUAAAACCUUCUCUCACAACCGUCUGCGGCGGCGGCUCCGACGGUCGGCACUUCGAUUCCAAGAUAGUGAAUUUACGAGAUUAAGAUGACGAAAGAGACUUCAUCGAAAAAGCAGCCGAAAAUUUCGCCAAAGGGUCCUUCUGUACAACAGAAGCCCUCUUUCAAACCCAAAAAGAAAGGCACCGAGAUUGACAAAAUCUUCGCGGGGAAAAAGAAAAAGCUGCCUGAAAACGACACGAAGCCCGAUACGAAGAAGCCCGAUAUGAAGAAGCCCGUUAAAGUAUCAACUUCGAAUGUGAAAUCGCAUGAAUGGAGUAGGGUAACAGAAAACAGUGCUAAUAAGAUCAAAACGUUGAAAGAGAGUGGUAUUGUUGACCGGUCUUCUUCUCGAUCGAGGAAAAACAACGCGGAAGGUGGACCGAGGAAAAAGACUGCAGAUGGACUAACUAUUUAUACGGAGGACGAGUUGGGCUAUGGGAAAUCGGAUGCUGGAGGUACCCCUUUGUGCCCGUUUGAUUGUGAUUGUUGUUUUUGAUAUAUGAUUAAUGGUUUUUUUUGUUUUUUUGGCUAUGAUUUGAAUGAAUUUUACGAGGGUCGCUCGUGCAAGGAGAAUUGAGUGUUCUUUUACGUAGUGUAAUAUGUUAUGUAAAAUCGGUAGCCCUUUUGUGAGGGUGGAUUUGGAAUCGGAUCGAGAUGAAAAAAUGACUUAAGUUUGUUGUUCGUUAGUCA